UUAUAUGAUUCUUUUAGAACAUGGUGUGGUUUCUGUAGUGACUAUGUUCUUUAUAUGUGCCUUAUUUUAGCGCUUUUUCUUUGGGAAAAGUCGCCAUCGGCGGUGCACCACGAAGCAGGAUUUGUCAUUUGGGCUAACUUAACCUAGAAGGCAUGAUUGUCCGAUAGGAAUGCUCUGAGAAAUUCUGCUUCGUGGAACUCCGCCCUGUUCGCUGUGUCGUUGUGCUCACAAUAAUAUAUUAUACUAUAUUAAAUUAAAAUGGAUGGACUGAUGCAUAAGUAUUUGUCUAAUUAUAUAAACAACAAUAAUAAACCUGUGCUUUCAUCACAGCAUACACUUAUUACGUCAUUUCCACAUACGCCGCAAGCUUCCGUUUCUGGCUCCUCCCCCCGGCGCGUAAAUUUGAAGGGGAAAAUGUGCGCGGCAAGUUAACUAGGGCGAAUACGGUCGAUAAUAGUAGUUCUUUUAAAAGUGCGGAAGCACGGUGCGUCUUUUGAAGUUUUUGUCCCUUUACUGCCGGCCAUGCAUAUCGGAUACUGAUUUAGUGAACGAGGAAGGAAAAGCGGAGGGUGAAGUUAUGUUAGACUUAUCGAAACGUUUUUUCGUUGUAAUAAAUGUAGCCAAAUAACCAAACACAGUUAGGAAGCCGAGGCUAAUUAGGUUGGGGUAGACAUAUAAAUGUACACUUUAUGUCGUAAUCGAUAACCUGCCUAGUCGGAGUCUGGGGUGUUUCGUUUCUGUUGUCUCGUCUCCUUGUCCCUCCAUCUUGAAAAAUGGAAGCGCAGGCUAUCAUCCUGAUAAGCGACGAGGAGGACGACUGCUGCCAGGGCUCCGCCAACGACUCGGUGUUCAUCGUGGAGCCCAGCGCCGAACAGGGCGCUGGUCAGGAAGCGGCGACCAGCGAGGUUGUGGAUGACGAUCUGCUGGUCACGUUUUCCAGGAAGGCCACGGUGAUGCCUCAUGCGAGAUACGACUGCAGCUCCAACCCGUUCAGCCCCACAGAAAUUGACACAUGCAGUCCUGUUGAAAACAACGCCGCUUUCUGUGAGCAGUGUUUUUGUUACAUCUGUGAUAAAUUGGCAUCUGAGUGUCGAGUGUGGAAGACGCCAGGAGUUUGUCACUGUAACGGCCACAAGCGGAGCGACUUCUGGAGGAACCAGCGGAAUAAAGUUGUCCUGGGCUACCUUCACGUUUUUAAUUUCGACCUGCUGGAGGUGGAUGCUGAUCUGCGUCUUGCUGAGCGCCACCUGCUGGCAUUCGAGAGCAGCCUAGCGGUUGAGUACCACACCUUCCUGAAGGGAAUCCGCACCCCAUUCCCCAGCGACCUUGCCUGCAACUGCUAUUGCCACUCGGCCAGCUCAGACACCCCUGCUUGCAAGAAGUGCAAGUGGGCACACACCGAACAGGUGAUUUACAAUUAUUCCGGAGUGUUCCAGCAUAUUUCUGAGUUCCUGAGCAGAGCGGAGGGAGAGCGCCCGCGGACUGCUGCGGUCAUGCUGCUGGGAGCCACCAAGCUCUUCAUUGGACAUGCCCAGCCGCCGGGGGCGAUGACUCUCGGCGACCCCAAAAGCUCCGUCCCAGAUGCUGCCCCAAUGUUAUUAGUAAGGAUAACCAACAUGCUGAGCACGCUGCUGGUCACCGGGGACUUCAGUAGCUCUUUCUCCAAAAAGCUGCAGGAUUUCAUCUUGUCGCUCCCUCUGCCUGUGAAAUGCCGAUGGCUGGUCAACAGUGUCAGUGUGCUCCCGUGGGACAACCCCUUGCUGGUGGCGGUCCUGAGAGGCCAGAACGUCACAGGCGAGCGAUACCUGAAAGGGAAGAGGGAGGUUCUGGUGGAGACUGUGCCGGUGAUCCAAGCACGGGUGGACAAGCUAAGGGAACAGAGCAAGUACAGAGAACUUGCGCGCUACCUCCGGGUCGUGAGAAGUGCAAACAAGACGCAGAUGCUGAGUGUGAGAGACCGUCUCCCGCUGUACAUGUGCCAGGUGGGCGACUUGGGCACCGCCCUCGCCACCUUCUUCAGCAACUUUGCGGAGGGCUGCUGCAGUGCUUGCCGUUUGACGCCAGCCCAGUUCGUCGUGUACUUGCGCAUCCUGGCCACGGGCAAAGUACCAGUGGGGAGCGACCCCUUCCAUUCCAUGCAGUGGGAGCCUGUCAACGAUGCCAAGCUCCCAAAAAGGUCUGAGGUGAUCCGGUGGGCGUUAAGAGUUUUGAAUUGCAACACCAUAGUAUUCUUGGACCCCAUCAGCUGGGUGGACUUGAUCCGGGUGGCGGGUCUGGAGGUCAUGGCGCCCAGCGGCUCUCUGAAGUGCGCCUCGUUAGUCAUGCCAGACAUGACGUUUUUAACGAUCGCUCGGGCUACUACGGUUUCCAUUCUCAUGAAGAAUUCAGCAGACAAUCAGCUUCAGAUUCCAAAGAUGUUUCUCCAUCAGUACCCAGAGCAGGCUCUCCUGACGCUGGUUACUCAAGCUCUCAUCCACAGAAUCUUCCACAGCCCCAUGGUGACCGUCCUGGAUGUCAUCCUGAGCUUUAAAGAGAACCUGUGGGUGCUGCAGUGGUUCUAUAACGGACUCGGCAACAAACCAGAGAUCCUGCAGAUUUUCCUGAACACUCUGCUCAAUGAUCUGUACCGGGACACGGGGACGGACGCCAGGAAAUUGGAGUCGUCAGACCACAGAUUUUUGGGAGACUUCCUGGCUUACUGUGUUCAGGACCCGCGUUCGGCACUCUAUCCCGUAACACAGCAUGUUCAGGACGUCCUGCUGAAACGGUGGAACGGGCAUGAUUUCCCUUGGCAGUGCCACCUGCGGAAUUCUCUGCAGCGUGUCCGUGAGCUGUCAUCAGAAGUUCAGCAGUUCUUGAAUCUGACCCAGUGAAUUUUAUGAAGACCUCCGAGGUGAAGACGACUGUGGGUGUGACUGGGUAACUUUUGUCAAAUGUAGCAGUUUCCUUUAGUUAAAAAUUGUACACAGCCAUGUGAUUGCUGGUUUGCUUGGAGAUUUAUGUGAAAGUUUUUUUUUUUUUUUUUUUUACAUGCUAUUUUUCACAUGUAAAAGUGUACAGUCACGUUUAAAAUAAAUGAAUAAAGUUAUUUUUGUUCCUACUUGGAACAUGGGAAAGUUA